AUGUUUUUUAGGUCUUUUCUUGGGCGUUCCUGGCAUGCUUCACAGACAACCGCAGAUCGACUCUUGGUGUCUCAUCAUCAUCAUCGGCUAAUCGAUAGCCGUUAUUGGGAUUGUGCAACUCCGUCCAAAGCACUUUCUGUGUUGGGUCUGCUGGUUAGAUCAGGUACGAUGAUAGACAAGCUUGACAAGGCCGCCUCAGAGGCUUUGAGUGCAAUGGGUCCUAGCAUGACAAUGAGCGAGCAGGCUCUUUUGGGCAAGUGGUCGUCGUUCUUGCGCUUGAAGAUUUCUGCGGACGGUUCCUCAAGUACCCCCCAAAACGUUGGGUCGGAUAUAUGCAGUACGGAUAUUAACGAGAGCGUUGUGGCGUUGUAUUCCCUUUUCAUAAGGGAUUCUCAGACGAGUGUUCUGGCAGGGGAGAGAUCCAUUGUCCUUUCAACAGAUUCAGUGCUGCGGUUAGACCCCAUUUCGUCUCUAAUGCUCUUAGAAAUGAUGCUUUCGAAAUCGUUUCGGCAGGGUGCUGCUUGGCGAAAUGAAAAUAUUGCUGGAGCGCUUCUUACUCGUCUUAGAUAUCAUGUGAUUUACAGCAAUGUGAUUGGGUUUAAGGCUCUUUGGUGGAUUCUCCACAUUCUUAGCGACAAAGAGUCCGUUUUGCAAAGAAGGUCGGUCGAAAGUGGUCGUCUCUUUAGGGCGUGUCUCAGGCGUCUUCAUGACAUGCUACCAGGACUAACACCUGGUGACUGUCUUCUGCUAUUCCCAUUGUUGAAAAACUCCCUUUACGACAAACCAUUUAUUAUCUGUGCCGAUAUUAUGAGGCGAGUCGUGACGUGCGAAUUAGAAGAGUUGGGUGUUGUACCAACCUCUGUCAUAAUGCAUACCUUGGAGUGUGGGGAUCUAGUUCCCCCGUUUCGUCGUCGACUGUAUCAACUACUCUGCGAGGAUUACCGUAUGGGCGAUAUUGGGAAAGGAGAGUGUUUGUUUCUUCUUUCAAUCAUAGCCACAUCACCCGACAUGGACGAGGUUGAAAAAAAUAAUUAUGAGGAUGAUACUGGAUGUACACUUUGUGAGUCUCUCUUCGCGCAGCUUUACGUCACUGCCAAAAGCAUGAAUGCCGUCGAGUGCGUCCAGGUCCUUGAAUACAUGGAAUUUUUGGCCACCUCACACUUUUCAGUAACUAUUCCGCAAGACUUAUUGGAAAGACUAAAGAAGAGAGUUUUUUCUUGGACAAGGCAGGCCUUGAAACGACCCAACUUGACGGUGCUGGAGCUACAGUGUGAAGUUGAAGCAAUACAUCGUCUUGAAGGAGUUCUCAGAAGAUCGGUCCUUCUUCCUUUUCUUGCCGGUGAUGCGGCGGUAAUUGGUGAGAUUUCCAGAAAAGUCAAUUAUCGUCUAAAAAGGCCCAUAGAGGGAAAUGUGGCCUGA